AUCAAACAAGAAUUAGGGCUUUAUAAACUUUGGAGGUUUUCUUGCUUCAAACAGAUUUUCAUUGUUGAUUUGGAUUUCAGGAGCCACACUGAAUGAUGAGGGGUUUGCAGAGAUUGGUAGCAGGACAUCGAGCCCAUAUUGGCCGAAGGUUGGAACCCUACAUUGAUAACGCUGCUGCACGGCAUACCUCUCGCCGUCUAUUUAUUGUUUCUUCUUCGAACAAUGUUUCUUUUCGUGUUACAUCGUCGAUUUCUAGACCUGUUGUUCUCCCCGCGCCUGCCUCAUCUGGAUUAGGCAAUUUUGUAGGGCAGAAGAGGAGUAUGUUUAUUCAAACACAAUCUACUCCUAAUCCUUUAUCAUUGAUGUUUUAUCCUGGGAAACCAGUCAUGGAAGUUGGAAGUGCAGACUUCCCAAAUGCCCGCACUGCUAUGAAUUCACCACUGGCAAAGGCCCUCUAUGGAAUUGAUGGGGUUACUCGUGUUUUCUUUGGUUCAGAUUUUGUGACUGUAACCAAGUCAGAAGAUGCUACCUGGGAUUUUCUAAAACCCGAAAUAUUUGCAGCAAUUAUGGACUUCUAUUCAUCUGGGAACCCACUGUUUCUGGACUCAACUACUGCAGCUUCUAUGGAUACAGCUAUUCAUGAAGAUGACUCGGAAAUUGUUGCAAUGAUUAAAGAACUUUUGGAAACUCGUAUACGACCUGCUGUGCAGGACGAUGGUGGGGAUAUCGAAUACAUAGGAUUUGAUCCAGAGACGGGAGUUGUGAAGCUAAAAAUGCAAGGAGCAUGUAGUGGGUGCCCUAGCUCAUCUGUCACCCUCAAAUCAGGCAUUGAAAAUAUGCUCAUGCAUUAUGUACCAGAGGUUAAAUCUGUCGAGCAAGAACUUGAUCCAGAAGAAGAUAAUAAUGGAGAAUUAACAGGCCAGCUGGAGUGAGGUUCAGGUAACCAACUGACAACUGUAUUUAUUUCUUUGUUCUAGAAAGAAAGAAAGGAAACAAAAUACUACAACAAUGAAGAAUCACAAAUAAAUUGUUAGCAAGUAUGUUAAUCACGCUGGUUGGUUUUUUUGAUUUGUUACAAUAUAAUCAUUGCAUGUAUAUGAGUAAGUUCCAACCACAUU